ACCCUAUACCUAAUUAGGAUGAAUUUGCCCCCUCCCCCCAAAAAAAGCUACAAUGGAUUGAGAGUCUCUCUUUCUCUUAAAUUUAAAGCAUCGCCUCCCCACCCACUGAACCAUUGUCACUUACAUCUCUAUCCUUCUAUCCGUAUACUUACCCAUUUCCCUUCCCUUCAACUCGUUUUGCUUUUAAUCUCCUCCUUUCCUCUUCCUUUCGCUACUUUCCAAUCGAUCUCUGAGAUCGUCCUUCCGCUUUCGUCUUUAUUCGAUCGCAAGAACAAAGCUUCUCUAAGCAGUUGAAGAUUUUAUUGGGUUCUGCUCUGCAUCCGUUGCAAGCUGAGAUAUCUUGAAAAGAAAAAGUUUCUCUUGUCUAUAUUCUUCACACACAUCAAUUCAUCAUGGUAAGCCAUACUCCUGCUCUUAUCUCGCGCGUUAUCGCGUUGUGGCCCUCGUUAUCGGUCGGAUAAGUGCUGAUUUGUGACUCAUCGCUACAGUCUGAAUCAACAACCAUCUCCA